CCACGAGUCUCGUUCCCGGACAUGUCCCAUUCUCAUUUCAGCGCUGUCCCUUUGAAAGGGAUCAAGGCACAACAAAUGCUUACGUACCAUGCUGCACAUAACUGCUCCUUGUCCAAUAGAAAGUCAUGUCAUUGAUAUUCACAGUUAUUGAUGUUUGUUGACCAUUUGACUCAAAUCUUCCAGUGAUUGCUUUUAAACAUACGCAGCACAUGCACCAAUCAAUCAGUCUAAACUCAUGAGAACUCGGAGGUCAAGAGGACAUGCACCUCCAGCUUUCCUUGAUGAGGUGCCGAAAGUCUCACGACUUUUCGCUUUUCAUUCCAAUCAAUGAGUUCUCCUCAACAGCCGCGGCGGUGAUAGGUGACGUGUAAAGUGUCAAUGUUUCUUGACCAACAUGGCUGGCUCAAGAGUGUUGUAGCUUUGCAAGUCUUAGAGCCCAAUUGUCAUGGGAACUGGACCGAUACCUGUGGUGCUCCAGUCGCCUUCUCGAUGCUGUGGGGAGUCAACAUGAGUCGUGCACAACCUCAUAAUCCAACUCAAUUUGUUGCCAGAACAUGCCAGAACACACCGGAGUCCUACGGCACUUUGGGUUGAAAUCACCCAACACAUCUCAUGUUUUAAAUUGUACCACAAGCAUCUCGCUGAAUUCGUCGUUCAGAAGCCGUUUUCGUGCCAUGAAUCCUGGCAACAUUUCCUCUUGGUUGAGUAGAUGGAGACAGUAUGGGAUCAUUGGCAUUCUCGUCGGGGGCCUCCGAUUUGUCGCAGAUCUGGCAUGCGGCGGACAUGGGGACAGGGGUCCUUGCUCAUGGUGAAUGUGGCCACCGUGGCCCUGUUUUGGUAUGACAAGCACCAGGCCAAGACUGGUGGUUGGCGGGUGCCCGAGCGCACCUUGCAGGGCACCGCCGCCCUCGGUGGAUGGCCUGCGGGGCCACUGGUCCGAAGGCGAGACUGGCAGUAUGUGGCUAUGGAAAUGUUUCAUCACAAGACAAAGAAGCAAAGUUUCCGUGUGGGCUACCAUGCAGCCACCGCCGCCAAUGUGGGCCUCGCAUCCUAUGGCCUGUCCGCUCUUGGACAAACCCAACCUGCCCGUGCACACGGACGAAGAAAACGUCGUUGAUGAGGGAGCAAUAAGUGGAUGAGAAGCGGGAAAGAUUGAGGCCUUGCCUGAACGGAGUCAAUUAUUCCAGAAGUGACACGGCAACUGCUAUCAAGUCCAGCAAGGCUUCAAAGGCUUUGACUUUUUUGAACAUUUGAAGUAUUCCAGUGGCCGGUUUUCAGCCAUCAUUGAGCUGUGUACUACCGCAUGCACAGCGGAUAUGGACUUCCAAACGGGAGUUCAGACGACUCGGUUGCCACAGCCUGCUGGGCAGAGCGAUCCAAAGCUGUUCGG